CCCCUGUCCCUAUGUGAGCGCCUGCCACUCUUUCUCCUGGCUGUGGUGCUGUAUCAGUGUCAUCACUCAGGAUGGACUCCCCACCACUCUACCUGCCUCUGCUACUGCUGACCUGUCUGCUCACCCUCUGGCAAGGGGCAGGAGCUCAGUCAUUAUUCACCAUAGAUAGUGUGACACUCAAACUGGACCCAAGUGGCGAGGUAACCAGUGGGACCUUGAUGGACCUGAACUGUGAGGUCAGCGUCAGCCAUGACCAGUCCCACCCCCUGACACACAGCUUCAACUUCCUGMGAGACGAUGUMCUGGUCUACUCCAAAAACACCACCGAACCUGCGGUCCUUCACCAGCUCACCCCGGCCAGGGCUGCCAACUCUGGCACUUACAAGUGCCAGGUCAUAGUUCAAGACAAGAGCAAAGGCAGCAGAACCCACAGACUCACCGUCACAGGCUUACAGACGCCUGUGCUGCAGGUGACCUCCCAGAUCCUGUUUGAGGGGGAAGAGGUGACAGCUACCUGCAGCGCCCCAGAGGAGUCUGGCUCCCUGCUCUUCCACUUCUACCAGGACCAGGAGAAGAUCAAGCAGGUGUGGGCCAAUGGGAACUCAGUGGAGACCAGGCUGGAGCUGAAGCAUGCUGGGGACAAACACCUGCGCUGUUACUUUGAAAUCACCAUGCUGCCCGACGCUGGGAGGUCCAACAACAGUAACACUGUCAAGGUCAUGGUCAAAGAACUUUUCAUCACACCCGUCAUGAACAUUCUUCCUGGUAAAGACGUGAUUGAGGGUGACAUUGUUGAGUUUGUCUGUCGAGUGGUGAACCCCCCACCCAAUGUGGUGGUCUUCCUGACCAAGGACAAGAGGGUGCUUAAGACAGCCUCCAUUAGUCUCAAUCAUUCGCUCAGAGUGCUGGCAGAGGACUCUGGGGAGUAUGUGUGCAAGGCGGACAGAGGCAAUGUGCAGAAAGAAGCCUAUGAGAGCAUCAAAGUCAAAGAGUUGUUUUCCAGGCCAGUCCUGGUGAUGAAGCCCAGAGAGGUGUUUGAGACACAGCGCUUCACACUGAACUGUGAUACUGACCGCUAUUCCCAUGAGAGAAUCAACAUUGGGGACGUGAAGUACUCCCUGUACAGGAACCAGGUCCUAGUGACAUCGGGAGGGAACUACAGUGCCACAGCACACCCCUCCCUUAAUGGAAAUUACUCCUGCCAGGCCCAAGCCCAAGGAAGAGGCCAAACCAAAAAGAUCUUCAAAAACAGCACACAGAUUGUCCUCAAGGCAAAAGGUGAGUCUCUCUGUGUGGUGUGGUGGUUAAUUUCUUUACUUUCAAAUGAGGAG